CUUGGCUCCCAUGGUUGCCCAAGCAAAAGAGGGCUAGAUCUGUCCUUUCAUCUUUCGUUCGCAGCCCAGACCUCCCGAAUCUCAAUGAACACACCUUUAAUUUAAUUUCACCUGAUUCAUUCCGUUCAGGGGGUUUUCUGUUUUAUAUUUGCGGAGACUUCUAGGGAGGAGGAGGGCGAGAAAUGAGCGUGAAGUCGACUUCUGUGGCGAGGGAGGCGGCGGUUUUGGGCCAUGGAUACGGCUACCGGACGCCGUUCACGGCGGUGCAGUGGCAGGAGCUGGAGCACCAGGCUAUGAUAUACAAGUACCUGGUGGCGGGUGUCCCCGUGCCUCCGCAGCUGGUUGUCCCCCUUCGCCGGAGCUUCGAAGCCCUCUCCGCCACCUACUUCCAACACCCAACCUUGGUGUAUUGUUCCAACAAUAAUGGAAAGAAAUAUGAUGCGGAGCCGGGAAGGUGCCGGAGGAGCGACGGGAAGAAGUGGAGGUGCUCGAAGGACGUGUAUCCAGACUCCAAAUACUGCGAGCACCACAUGAACCGCCGAAGCCGUAGCCGUUCAAGAAAGCCUGUGGAAUCCCAAGCAACUAGUUUGGGGAUGUGGCCUGCCUCUUCCUCCUCUUAUGCACUCACAGAGAACAAUGGCUUCAGGAAUCCGCUUGGGAUGAAUCUCAAUGCAGAUGAUCACGAUAUGCAUAAGGACAAUUCUGCAGGUUUGACAAGUCUGGGGUUGAGUUCUGGCGUGGACUGCACGUGGAGUCUCUUGCCACCGCAGGUUUCCUCUCAUCCGGGCUUCAUAACAGAAGGUGGGUCUCGACCUACGGGAGGCUCGUUUGAGAUCAAAGGAGGAGAACCGUGGUUUGGUAAGGAAAUAUGGUGAUGGGAUCAAACUGCGUUGUCGAAAACUGAAACUUCUGUUUUUUUGCGUCAUUAGACUUUGCUUUCGGCAUUCAUCUCAUUCAAUUGUGAGAAUGUCUUGUUGUUGUUGUUGUUGUUGUUCUGAGAAUCUUAGGGACAUGGUACUCCCUCUCUCCAUAAAAUGAAAUUAUGCUCUAAUG